AUGGCGGCUGAGCUUUACUUUAAGCAAUUCUGGGCUAUUCUGAGCACCAUCGGCAUCUCAAAUGUGUUCCUUGGCUUCAUCGUCAUUAGCAUCACGAAAUUCUCAAGCAUCGCGGUGGUCCCGAUCAUCACAAGCAUGGCCUGUGCCAUCGCCAACGGACUAUGUAUUCAAAUCUUCUACACGGAUAUUCAGGUCCAAGAAGCCGGCAUCUCAUUCUACUCGUAUGCUAUGCUGACUCACAUGUUGUCGGGCCGCAGUCGGACGAUCUACCUGACGACCUUUUGGGUCUUGAUUGCCGGCAUCACUGCCCUUCGUGGCAUGAUCUUGAUAGCUCGAGUUAAGGGCAUCUACGACGAUACCAAUAACACCGCGUCCAAGAUUGUCGACUUUGCCCACGUCUGCUACUUUGUGCUGUUGGCUCUUCUGGAAUGUCUGAGCGCCUUCUACUUGCUCCGGAAAUUUGCGUCGACGAAGAAGAGGUCGUUGCGGGCUGCGCUGAACAUCAGCUUAUGGGGUCACUUGAUGCGCAGCACAGAGAUACGCGUGUCUUCUCUGGCGCUGAUCGGGGUGACGAGACGGUUGCAGUUUCGAUCUGUUAGCUUGCAAGAUACAGUCCAAGAAUCAUGGGGCGAAGAACAAUUACAACAUACGGCACGUGGAAACACCAAACAUCCUGAGGGAUUCAGCGACUGGCGAGCUUAG